CCUAAAGGGUCUGUUUUCUAUGCCAAGUCUGGGGUAGUGAGAAAUCUGCAUCAAAUCUGCAUCUCGACACGGAAAGUGUUACCAAAUACUGCAGAUUAUGGCCUAGACAUUACAUUCGUCAAUACCCAAGGCUCUACAGAGGACUACGUCUACAUGUAUACCUAUGUUACAGCUAACGUCGCCACAGGCAGCCACGGUAAACACGGCUCUGCUAUAGCUAUUUCGCCUCUUUUCAAAGUCAAUGAUAUGCUGCAGAUGUGA